UUAUUACUUGUGCUCUUUCUUUGUUUUUAUUGCGAGGAAUAUGCUUAAUUCCUUUUUUUUCCACAAGACAGUUUUGCCCCUUGCUUGAGCAGUGGGGUUGAGUUGUACUAUACUAUGCUUCUCUUUGUGUAUUCUUUUCUUUGAUUCCUUGACACCCUUUUCAGUUUUCCCUGUUCUUUACCAGAUUCCCCUAAAUUCCUCCAAUUUCAAUAUUAGAAUUGUAUUUUUUUUCCCUUUUGAUCAUAAGGUUCUUGUUUUGUUCUUUUGUUUUCUCAAUUUACAGAAGGGAGGAAGAACACUAAGGUAAGAAUUUUCUUGAUUUCUGCUCUUGCGUCCCACAAGAAAGAUUCUGAACCUUUAUUUGUUGUAAUUUUUUGUUUCUUGUAUUAGUUGAGUGUAAUUUCAAUUGGGGUCUGAAUAAUUUUUGUGAAAGACUCUGUGUAGCUUCUUAAUUUCUUUAUUUAGUAGUAUGAGCUGUUAUUUUGUGUUCUUGAAUUAGAAGUGGUUGUAAUUUCAUGCAAAGAUUGAAUCUUUUGGGGGUGUUUUUGUGUUGUGGCAAUUAUAGGAUUUGGUAAUUGUAUAUUACUGUUGAGGGGAAUGACAAGUUUUGAUGUUUCAAAGUAUGCACAUAGCCCUAUGCAUAAAGCUACAAUCUUGAAAGAUUAUGCCUCUCUUAGGAAGAUAAUUUUAGGCCUCCCUAGGCUUUGUGAUACAGCUGAAAUUCAUACUGAAUCAGUAUCCUUAGCUGAGGAAGCUAAGGCUGAUGCCAUUUCGGCUGUAAUUGAUCGACGAGAUGUCCCCAAUCGCGAUACGCCUCUUCAUUUAGCUGUCAAACUAGGGGACGAGACUGCAACCGAGAUGCUUAUGCUUGCCGGUGCAGAUUGGAGCUUGCAAAAUGAGCAAGGCUGGAGUGCCCUACAGGAAGCUAUAUGUAAUAGAGAAGAAGAUGUUGCGAAGAUUAUAGUUAAGAAUUACCAGCCUUUGGCUUGGGCGAAAUGGUGUAGACGGUUACCUCGGUUGAUUGGAACAAUGAGGAGAAUGAGGGAUUUUUAUAUGGAGAUUACUUUCAAUUUUGAGAGCACUGUUAUCCCUUUCAUUUCUAGGAUUGCGCCUUCCGAUACAUAUAAAAUUUGGAAAAGGGGUGCAAAUUUAAGGGCGGAUAUGACUUUGGCUGGAUUUGAUGGUUUUCGUAUUCAGCGAUCUGAUCAGAGUAUUCUCUUCCUUGGUGAUGGUUCUGAGGAUGGUAAAGUUAAUCCCGGUUCGCUUUGUGUGGUUUCGCAUAAAGAAAAGGAAAUUAUGAAUGCUUUAGAUGGUGCUGGCACUCCAGCAACAGAGGCUGAAGUGCAACAAGAAGUCGCUGCAAUGUCUCAAACGAGCAUAUUCAGGCCCGGGAUUGAUGUGACUCAAGCUGUUUUGUCACCACAAACGACAUGGAGGCGCCACGAGAAGAUGGAGAUGGUCGGUCCAUGGAACGCUACAGUAUAUGAUAUGCAAAAUGUGGUCGUGAGCGUUAGAUCAAGGAGGGUGCCAGGUGCUAUGACAGAUGAUGAAAUGAUUAAUUCAUGCAAUGGAAAUGAGGCGGAAAGUAAAGAUCUUGAUGAUAUUCUGACAGAGGAAGAAAGAAGACAACUUGAUGUUGCUCUCAAUGAGAACGGAGAUGGCGUUAUUGCACACGGGCACAGUUGUCAUGAACAAAUAGACAGAGACAUUCCUAUUGAGGAGAUAAAUGGUUGUAGUAAUGGUGAGAAGUAUUCUGUUGAUGUUAGCAGGAAGAGGGAUGAGUAUAAACGAGGAAGAGAUGCCGAAGCUUCUUCAUCUAGUAAUGCUGAAAGUGGAGAUCUUCGCAAAGAUGGAAACCGAGAAAAAGAGUAUAAGAAAGGAUUGAGGCCUAUUCUCUGGCUUUCUCCUGAUUUUCCAUUGAGAACUGAAGAACUCCUUCCCUUGCUUGACAUUUUAGCAAAUAAAGUUAAGGCUAUCCGGCGAUUGAGAGAAAUGCUUACAACAAAAUUUCCGAAAGGAACCUUCCCCGUUAAGGUGGCAAUUCCGGUGGUUCCAACAAUUAGAGUUUUGGUUACUUUCACUAAGUUUGAAGAAUUACAGCCGCUGGACGAGUUCUCAACUCCUCCUUCAAGUCCUACUCCUUCAGGCAAGGAGAGUCCACCCAAGGUGCAGCCGUCAAGUUCAUCUUGGUUUCAGUGGAUAAAAGCCCCAUAUCAACGGCCUAGUUCUUCUACAAGCAGCUCGAAUAGUAUCACAAACGACGUCCAAGAUCCAUUUGCGAUCCCUCAAGAUUACACAUGGAUCACUGCAGAAGCUAAGAAAAAGAAAAUGCAGGAAAAGGAGAAGGCAAAGAAAGGGAAGAGCAGGAAACAGUAGUCGAAGAAGAAGUCGGCUAGCUAAGAGGAAUUUUUUUCUUAAUGCAGAUCAUGGACUACCAAAGGAGAUGGAUACUUUCCUGAUUGACUGACCUUAAGAGGAAUUUUUUUCUUAAUGCAGAUCAUGGACUACCAAAGGAGAUGGAUACUUUCCUGAUUGACUGAUCUUAUUGGGGGGCUAUGUUUAUAAUAUCUUUGCAAUUUAGUAAAUCAUUGUGGGGUAUAAGGUAGGGGUAAGGUCUGCGCACAACUACCUCCGCGGAAGCGCAGACCCCAACUGUGGGGUUAUACUGGGUUUUUUGUUGUUGAUGAUGUUGUUGUUGUAUUGUGGGGGGUAUAAAAGCUCAAAAUCAAGAUUUUUUCAAAUAUUUGUAAUUAACAUGCAGCAACCGGUUUGAUUUCCCGGUAUAUAUAUAGAUGAUUUAUUCUGCCA